CAGCCCGAGAGCAACGAGAUAUAGAGCAUAUAGAGCGGUAUAGAGCAAUUUAUGUUACUCUCUGAUUCAAUGGUCAUACUCGGAUAUUAAAACAUGGUGGAAGGCGGAACAGAGAGCCGCAAUAUAAUGGGAACUGCAGUGGAAAGGGCGAAACCACGCAUUUUGUUGACUGGACCUCCAGGUGUAGGUAAGACGACACUGGUCCAGAAAGUGUGUGACCUGUUACGAGGUACAGGCAUUCCUACAAAAGGAUUUUUUACUCAAGAGAUACGAAAUGGUAGAACACGCAUUGGCUUUGAUGUUGUCACGCUGGAUGGAAGAAGGGGUGCUCUUGCUAGACUGAAGGCUAGUGCUGGGGCAGAAUCGAAGUGUACAGUUGGUCAAUAUGCAGUGACUCCAAAGUCAUUUGAAAGCUUUGCUUUGCCAGUGUUCCCAACACAGCAAAACUUUGGAGGCAUCUUGGUAUUGGAUGAGAUCGGCCGAAUGGAGUUAUUCAGUGAUCGGUUCCGGCAGGAAGUUAAGAAAGCAUUCAGCAGUCCUUCCAUUUCAAUACUGGCCACCAUUCCAGCAAAACCUCUGUCUUUCACUGAAAGUCUAAGACAUAGCCCCAACACCACUGUCUUUAUGGUCAACCAGAGGAACAGGGAUGAUCUGGUUGUUCAGGUGUUUGAUAUGCUGACCAAAACAUGACCUCUCUUGUAAAACUAUUAAAAUCAUUAUGCUAAUGAGUGACCUUAUCAUACAUGUACAAAAAACCCUGACCCUAAUCUGUCAGUUCUGAGGGUUUCACUCAAGUAAUAAGGUGAAGGAAGAGGGGUGGCUGGAAUGUUUCUCCAUGAAACCAAUCUCAAAAGAGAACAUAACUACAAAUGCUUUGAGAACUGUACUCAGCACUGAACUGAACAUGCACUGUUUGUACACAAUUCAUCUUCUCAAGAAAUGUGAGGGAUUAAAUGAAGAAUAAAAAAGUAUAAAAUGCA